CAUGCGUGCCAGAGGUGCGCUCUGAGGGGAGCGCGAGGGAAGGAGAGAGAGGAGCGUCCCCGUGGCAACGUUCUGCUUCGCUUGUUCCGCCAUUGUGACGGGGAGCCUGGGCUCGGCGGGGCCUUUGUCCGGGGAACUUGCGGGGAAGCGGGAGGCGAAGGGGGCGGGCGCGGGAGCCGGCCCGGCGGCGUUGGCGGGAGAGUGGGCAUGUGGCGCCGGGGCCGUGAAAGGCAUGCCGGGUCCUCCCGCGCCCUCUGCGGUCCCGCGCUGCUUCUGGCGCUGGUGCUGAGUCAGGGCCUCCCCUCAGUUUAUUCCUCUAUCCAUCAAGACCCUAAUGGAUUGAAAAUAGUAGGAUCGACCAAUUUGCCAGUCAAAGUUUAUGUCAGAUUGAGUCACAACAGUCCGCGUAUUCUAUGUGUUACGAAUCGUCUGAGAAAUUUAGAAAUGAUCGAUCCAAUAUUUCAGUGGCAUGGACCAGGAGGUCAUCUGGUUACAGAAAAUUCAAGUGUGAAAAUAACGCCAACAGGAACUCUGUUAUUCCGACACUUCAAACAUGAGAUGAGUGGAGUGUAUACAUGUUCCCUUGUAUUUAAGCCAAAUACUGAGCAAGAUGGAAAAAGCUAUUUAAUGAAAUACAUUAUUUAUGCUUAUUCUGACCCUAGCUUUUACUACGAGUUCACUGUUCGAUAUCAUGCAACUUCCUGUAACAAUAUCCACAAUAUUUCUUUUGGGAAGAAUUUGCUUCGAGGACUUUCCAAACUUGUGUCUGAGUUAACCUGUGAGGUUUCAUUACGCAAGUCAGAAUGUCAUCAUGUUAAAAUGCAGAGAGGUGGAAUGCAAAAUGAAAUAUUUUUUACUUUUACAGUUUCUUCUCUAGAUGCAGAGAAAAGUAAAAGUGCAUGUCAAAAAAGUUUGUGUGAUGUAUCGAGAAGAUUACGAAAGGCAAAAGACUUAAUAGAGCAUUAUUUUAGCCAGCAAGUUGAAGUUAUUGGGAAACGGAAAGGACUGUUACCAGACACGUACUAUAUUGAAGGCACUCUGCAAUUGGUGUGGAUUAGACACUGUUUGCCAGGCUAUGGAAUAAAUGCUCUACUACAUCCAGAUUGUCCCAAUUGUUGUGUGAUUUGCAGUCCAGGAACAUAUAACCCUCAUGAAGGAAAUCACUGCCUUCCGUGCAACGAAAGCUUGACGUAUGGAGCACGACAUUGUCAACACUAAACUUUUUGCUUUAUAUCUUGAUAAUGCAAAUAAAGGAUUUUUUUUCAAAAUUCCAGUUUAAUAUCAUGCCAGUUAUUUUUUUAUAUCAUCUUUCGCAGAAAAACUGCAACCAAAUCCCAUUUGUUUUGUAUACUCUGGAACACCACAUUUUGAUUUUCUAUUUUCCCAAUAGCUUUACUCUUUAUUAGGUAAAGGUAAAGGUUUUCCCCCGACAUGAAGUCCAGUCGUGUCCGACUCUGGGGUGUGGUGCUCAUCUCCAUUUCUAAGCCGAAGAGCCGGCAUUGUCCAUAGACACCUCCAAGGUCAUGUGGCCAGCAUGACUCCAUGGAGCACCAUUACCUUCCCGCCGGAGCGGUACGUAUUCAUCUACUCGCAUUUGUAUGUUUUAGAACUGCUAGGUUGGGAGAAGCUGGGGCUGACAGCGGAUUCGAACCUGCAGCCUUUCUGCCAACAAGCUCAGCAGCUCAGUGCUUUAACCCACUGCGCCACUGGGGACUCCACUUGAUUACUCUUGAUUAGGUUCCACUUGAUUACGCUUGAUAGUGGUGUAUAACCCCAGAUUUAAAAUCAGUUCUUGGAAAGUGCCAAAGUAGGGAUCCUGGACUUUUUUCCUUGCAUGAAGAAUAAAUAAAUAUGGAGUCACCUUCGGGCUUAGAAAGGUGGUAUAUAAAUACGAUAAAUAAAUAAAUAAAUAUUUUUGAAUUUGUUGUACCCUGCCUCAAGCCAUCAUGUAUUAUUAUUAUAUUUCUAUUUGUUCCUUAUCAUUCCUAGCCUUGGCACUUAAUUUUUCUGUCAGCUUUUACAAUGUAUUGUAAUGUAAUAUAACUGAGUCAUGCACUGCUAAUAGGCUUCUAUUGGAAAUGCUGAGUCAUGCAUUAACUGUAUAUAGGGAAUCAUUUUGGGAAUGUGUUCUGGCCUGGUCCAGGUGAUUGUGAAUGAUGCAAUCCUGGAUUUGAGUUAAGUUAAUGAGUUUGGAACCAAUCAGUGAUUGCUAUGUGUAAAUGUACAGAAAUGUAUAUAAGGAAGUCAUGUACAGUGUAUAUUUCUCUCCUUGUGCUGUGAUGCCCUUUGCCGAAGGCUCUGUGUAACUGAUUAAAGUAACCUGUCUGCUAAGACAAGAUAUAA